AUGGCCUCCGCGACUGAAUCUGAGUCUGAUGAUGACUCUGGGCUGGUCUCGCGUUCAGAUGAGGAUCUGUGGGGGCUACUUCCCCGCAAAUUUCGCCUGGAUUAUGGCAGGGACGCGGGUCAGGUCCCGGAUGCAGGGCUACUUGCUUUCCUUUUUGCCCGCAAAGAAGACCUCCGCGAUGUCAUGAAGAAGUACUGUCCUGGAGACGGGCUGGUCACUGCAAUUCAAGCCUUUAUGAUUCUGCAGUCUAGGGCUUUACCCCGUGCGCAACGACAAAACAAGCGGCGCGGGCUUGUGGACCCUGCGUGGCAGAAAGUGGCGUUGGCAAAGCGAAUGUCUUCAGAUUCAUCUAGCGUUUCAGGCUCAGCAGGUUCUUUGGGCUCUUUGUCUUGGCUUCUCAAACACUCUGGCGCACGGAGACAGCGCCGCGCGUGGCCGACACGAGCUGCCAAAAAGUUGGCAGAUUCCGAGCUGGGGCUUACUCGCGCAGCCAUCGAAAAGGCAGAAUUGGAGCGCUGGCGCGGGCAACUGGUAGAACUGUUGCUGGAGUCCAAUGUUCCUAUGACUCAGCAAGCUAAGAUGGCUUCCAACCCAUCCGCCGCUAUCGCAGCUUCUCUGGGCAGCAUGCGGGCUUCGACUAUUCGUAAGCGUGUGCGCGAAUGGAAGAAGUUGAGAGCGUUUUCCUUAGGCCUGAGUGGAUCUCCUUGGCCUGCGCAUGUGGGUGUAAUCCUAGAUUAUUUACAAGACAGACUGGCGGAGCCGUGCGGACACACUGUGCCAAGUGCUAUUCUGGAGGCAUUGGCCUUCAUGGAAAGGACAGGGGGCUACGGCGCCGGCGAACGCCUAGCUGACUUACAGCUCUUGAAGAACUACGUCAAUCAGGCGACUCACGACCUUGAGAUUGGGGCGGCCCCGACGAAGAAAGCUCCUCUGAUACCGCUAAUGUUGGUUGGAGCUUUGGAGUUGCUGGUCGUAGAUGAGUCUGCGCCCUUGUUUGCUCGAGGAUAUGCGUUCAACAAGCUCCUGAAACUGUGGACAGCAUGCAGAACCAAUGAUCUGAGCGGCCUGAACCCGUCCUCAUUGAGCCUCACCAGGUUUGGCUUGCAAGGCCUUCUUGAGAGAACCAAAACCACGGGUCCCGGCAAGCGUGUGCGACAUCUUCCUAUAUAUGUGAGUGCUUCUGUGGGUUUCAUGGCUUCUGACUGGCUGGAAACAGGCAUGCGUGUGUGGUCACAUGAGGCGAUGUCUUUUGAACGAGAUUAUUUUUUGCCGAUGCCUAAUGCGGACUGGUCUGGAACUAGACGGGCCAUGGCUGACUAUGCGGAUACUGUUGGUCUGAGCCAGCAAUUGUUCCGCAACCUGCGUUUGCCCAUGAAGCAGGGCUCCUCCUGGCAUCUGUCAGAUCAGCCACUGCUGCCACUACCAGAGGUCAGAACUUUCUGGAAGGAGCAUUCAGAAAGGAAUUGGCUUACUAGCCUUCUGGCAUUGUGUGGGGUCAGCGCCGACUUACGCAAUUACGUCGGUCGUUGGCACAUAGCUUCCUCCGCAGAUGAGUACCUUCGUACUGCGAAACGUGUGAUACAUGGAAUGCAGGAACAACUCAUGAAUACAGUUUGUGGCGACGAUGUGUGGGACCUGCGCAAUGUAGGGCUGGAUGAACUGCAUGCUUAUCUAACUGACAGGGAGGUCCCUACUGAGCAAGCAGACUUGUUAUGCCAGCAGUUGCACCUUGUGCCAGCUUGGUGCGCGCGAGCUCCGGAGCCUGUCGUGGAAGUUCUGGCAGCUGCGGCGGAGCCUGUGCUGGACGAGGAUAAGGAUCUGGAAGCAGAGUCUGCGCCUUACUUUGUGACCGUUGUCGGCAAGAAGAAGCUUCGUCGUCUACAUCGUUUUGGCGGCUGCGGAGUGAGCUCCAUAGAAGUUCAAGAAUCCGAGCCCGUGUGGCGUCUGCGUGGCACAGCUUAUGAUCUUGCUUGUCGGCAUUGUUGGAAAGCAGGUGAUGUGACUCUUUCCGAAGCCGAGGAAGCAGAUGACUCGGGCAGUUCCAGUGAGUCGGACAACUCUCCGGCAGCUUGA